GGCAUGUUGGAUAUGCGAGCUGCCGCCAUUGCGAUGAGGAUUGGUGUUGGGAGGAGAUGUGAGGGGAGACGAGCGGCUGCGAAAGGCGGCAGAGACGGCGCCGGAGAUAGGUGGAGGGGUAUGCAAGCUAGUAAGCUAGGUAGUAGGUGCAAGAGGGGAGCGUCCACGAACUCGAGAGAAGUGGUGAGAGAGAAGCCCCAUUCGAUUACAUCCUCGAGAGGCAGAGAGGCAGACAGCGCGCGGGUGAGAGGGGUGAGACGCAGAUUUAGAGGCAGGCUGGGCGAGAGGGGGGUGGAGGUACAACCUGCUGCCGGACCAUCGGCAUGUUGGUUGGUUGGGGUGCGGGUCUGAGAAACGGACGAGGGGGAGUUGUCCCGUUUGAGAGGAUUGCAGGAAUACUUUCCUGCUGGCGAUAGCGGUCCCUGUGAAAUUUUCACAUUCAUGCGGUUUUAUUUACCGUUCAGCUUUACAUAGGUGUGCUUGACGCGCGAGGUUUUAAGGGUCAAUAGCGACUAGCGAGAGGCAGGGACGUGUGCGGCAGCCGCAGGAGCGUAACGUCAGCGAACGUGGUCUGACGACAGGCUUGCGUCAAGUGCAGCGUAGUGAUGACAGAACAGCUCUUUGAGCGCUGCUGUCCCUGCUGCUGGGGAAUAGAAAAAUUCAAUUAGGGCUGUGUGUUUAUCUCUUUUUUGUUGGAGAAUAUGCUGGCUUUGUUGGCUGUCGCCACGUGGUCGUUACCUGUGAUGACACCUGUAACCUUGCGUCUUUCCACAAGCAGAAGCAGCAAAACCUUUUUUCUUUGUUCAAGCUUUGUAUGCGACGAUAUAUAUACCCUUUAUGCGUUGGCCGCGCAAAAAGCAAACGUGGCAGAACCCCGUAGUUGCCGAUCACGUGCCGACUGACUGGGUGAGGCAAUUCAGAUGCUGCCCGCUUGGGUCAUCAGGACACCUCGUCGUAUAAGUACCAGGAUUCCUUUUCUCCUUUUCUUGAUGUGUUGUGAUGUCGUGCUUCUCAAAACGACAAACAGCCCUGUGUCCCCAACAAACAAGAAAACAUCCUGGAGAAUUGAACUAUAAUAUAAGCUAGCGACCGCUACUACUACCACCACACCACCACCACUGCCCAAGACAGCCAACCUGCGGACAGGAUGGUUCGGCUUCCGUCCAUUCCGCAUCCCCACCUGCACCAUGCCCUCCGAGACUCACGUAUUAUCACGGCCCUGAUCGCCGAGCUGCUGGGCACCAUGUUUCUGCAGCUGCUGACCGGCGCCGUGUCCUCGGGUCCCAUUGAGACGGCGGCGUCGUUCGCAGCGCUCAUGUACCUGACCUCCCACCUCAGCGGCGGCCACCUGAACCCCGCGGUGUCUCUGGCGGGUGCGGGCACCGGCCACAUCGACCUGGUGCGGGGGCUGCUGUACGCGGUGGCGCAGAUCGCGGGGGCACUGCUCGGGGCGGCACUGCAGGUGGGCCUGAUAUACGACAACCGCUUCGGUCACCCCAGCGAGAGCUGCUUCUCGCCCCCGCGCCACGUGACGGGACCGCAGCUGUGGGGCUGGGAGUUCGUGCUCACCUUCUUCUUCAUCGCGGUGAUGUACGGCGCUGUGUUCGUGGCCCCCGGUCAGGGCACCGCGAGCCCCCUGGCAGCCGGGCUGGCGCUGCUGGCAGCUCUGUCCACGGGCGGCUACUAUACCGGUGGCUCCCCCCUCAACCCUGCCCGUGUGCUCGCCAACAUG